UUUCCUUUUCUCUCUUUCUUCUCUCUCCUGUGUUUGAUGCUACCUUUGUUUUUCUUAAAACAUUUCUGGGUCGUUGAUCUUCAACAGAGAGAUGAGUUGGUUCUCCUUUUUAUGUUCUUCUUCUCACUUCACUUGAUUCCCAGUCCGGAAUUGCAUCUAAUUCUCUUUUCUUACAUCUCUCGUCUUAUAUUCUCUUGUUGUCUCAAACCCUUUAAUGGAAAUUGUUUGGACAAAGAGGAAAAAAUCGACCUAGUACUUCUGUUUUUUGUUGCUGUUCGGUUUAGUUUACUCGAGCUUCGAGUUCAAUUUGCUAUGGCGAUUCCUUGGUGGGCUAAUCAGUUGAAUCUACAAGCCAUGGACCAUGCCGGCAAUUCAGCUGCCUUGAACAAACGUGACCUAGAGAUUUCAAUCAACGACAUGGGCAAAAACACGAGUAACGCCGACGAUGACGACGACGAUAGGGACACCGGCGAUGAACCGAAAGAGGGGGAUGUCGAGAUUGGUAACCGAAGGCCUAGAGGCCGACCACCGGGCUCCAAGAACAAGCCUAAACCACCCAUUUUUGUCACUAGGGAUAGCCCUAACGCGCUCCGUAGUCAUGUCAUGGAAGUUGCGAGUGGCACCGAUGUAGCCGAAAGCAUAGCUCAAUUCGCCCGGAGACGGAAACGCGGCGUCUGCGUGCUUCGUGGCAGCGGCUCGGUCGUGAACGUUACGCUUAGACAACCAGCUGCACCCGGAGCGGUGGUUGCUCUCCAAGGGAGGUUCGAAAUCUUGUCUUUGACUGGAGCUUUCCUUCCUGGACCGGCACUACCGGGCUCGACAGGGCUUACCGUAUACCUAGCCGGUGGUCAAGGGCAAGUUGUAGGCGGAAGUGUCGUCGGUUCACUUGUGGCAGCAGGGCCUGUUAUGGUCAUUGCAGCAACGUUUGCCAACGCAACAUACGAAAGAUUGCCGGUAGAAGACGAAGAGGAAGCUGCCAAAGGCGGUCCCCACGGCGAUCAGAUCCAAAACGGAGCAACCACCUCUCAGCCGCCGACAAUCAGAAGCGGCAACGACCCACAGGCAGGUCUGCUUGAUCCAUCAUCACUUCCCAUAUACAAUUUGCCCCCCAAUUUAGUCCCCAAUGGAGGUCAAUUAGGGCAUGAGGCCUAUGCUUGGGCACAUGGGCGACCACCUUACUAAUAUGUAAGAGAU